AUGUUUUCUCACCUCGUCACUGCUGCAAAGGGUCUUUUGACGCGACACAACGCCGACGAAGCUAACCCGGCCAAACCUACCGCAACCACCGAUAACGAACCGAAGAUGGUCACAACUAGACGGGGAAACAAGACUGCGGUGGAACCUGAGAUCAAUGGCACGCCAGUUGCGAAUGGGAAGAUAAAUACUGGGAAAAAGAAUGGUCAGAGUAACAAGCGACGGAGAAGCGAGACUGAGGUUUCGGAAGAUGCGCAAGACGAGUCGGAGGUAGAAAGGUCGGAAUCGAAACAGGAACAGGCAGCUCCUGAGAAGAAGGGUCACAUCAAAUUCGGUAGCGAAGAGCCUGAAUUACUGGAGGAGAUACCAAUUGAAGAAGCGCCAGUCGGCAAUCAGGAAGACGAUGAGGAGAGCAGUGAUGACGAUGCCCCGGAGGCUAUCGAUAACUCUGCGCAAUUGUCAAAAAUCAAGUUGGAGGCCCAAAAACAAGAAAAACUGAGACAGAGGGAAGAGCAAUUGAAAAAGCAAAGGCGGAAACAAUUGGAUGAGCAACGCAAAGCUCAGGUGAAGUUGGCUGCGAAAAAGAAAGAGGCAGAUGAUGUACAAUCAGAGAGCUCUGGAACCCUCCAAGGCUCAACAACUCAAGACACGCGACGACCCGCUCUUCCCGCUUUGCUUCCUGAUGAAAUCCUCAAUGCCGCACCUGCCACAAGACCCCCGACACCUCCAAUCGACGACUUCGAACCGGCACAGAAGAAACCCAACAAGUUGAAGUUCCUCGAUAAGAAGGAGAAGCGUCCCAAGGACGUAAGAAUGGGUGACACUUCCAUUCGGGUACUCGACGAGGGUCCUUCUCGGAAGAAAGCGAAGACCACACUGGCACCGAAAGCUUCGAAGACCGGCCGCAACGUGAAAGACACGUGGCUCAACAAGAGCCGCAGCACCGCAAGCGUUAACGGUUUGAGAAGGACUGCAGGUGGUUCGUCUGGCUUUUUGCGCAGAUAG